AUGCCCAGCAACGUCUCCUUCCUAUCCAAGAAACGGCGCCAGUCCUCUGCCGAGCUCGCCACUCCUCCGAUGGUGCGCAAGGAGAAGAAGAAUGUAUUCGCCCGCGCUCUGGAUCGUUCAACAAAACAAUCGCGGCGCGGACCAGAGAACGAGAUCUGUGCGCCCGAAGCGGCGGUGUCAGAAACCUUGUCCACAUCAUCUCCCCUCUCCAUCGACAACUUCUUCUCCACCUCCUCCUACAACCUCGCACACCCCCGCCCCCGCCCACCAUACACCCUCCAGCCCGCAUUCGCAUCCGUCGACGACUUUCGCAGACGGCCCAGCACUAGCGCCUCUUUCGUAGAUCGCUUCUGGGCAGGCAGCUCCCUCGACCUCGUAGAAGACUUGGACGAGGCUCUUGUCGAGGAGGAAGACUCUGAGGACGAGGAAGAGCUCGCACCUCCGCGCGCAGGGUUCAUCAGGAAGGCCAGGCUGAGCUGCUCGAGUGUGCUCUCGUUCAAGUUGCGGUUGGGCCGACAGCGAGCAGACGGGGUGAAUUCGGAGAUCUGGUCCCAGUCCAACCUGUACUCUACCGAAUCCAUCAUGUCCAUCCCACCCCCCAUCCCAGCCCGCUCCCGCUUGCGCGAAGCAGCCCCGCCCAAAUCCACCGUUUCGAGCAACACCACACCCACCCUGGCGAGCAACCGUGGAGCCGCCUCUCCCCAGUUCCCCCAGAGACAGUCUGUGGCUUUCGACUCUCUGCCCUCCCCCUCACUGUAUUCUUCUCCGAGGAUGUGUUCCCGAGGACUGAGUUCUCCGUCGACACCGAAUUUCAACUCGCCCACUCUCCACUCAUCCCCCCGCUUGGGCGACUCCCCAAGCUACCCCUUGCCAUACGAUUCCAAGAGGCGGCAGUCGAGGGUCAUCUCUGGCGGGACCGACCCUCUGAAAGUCCGAGAUGGAGCAGCCAAGAGACCUGCCAGCAGUGGAGUCUACACCCCGCCCUCCUUCCAAGGCCCUUGCGGACCCACAUACACCCCCUCCCCGACAAACUCCUACACCCGUCCCCGUCCUCUCGACCUCGGCCCCCGAUCACCCUCCUCCUCUAUCCGCUCCUCCAACUCUUCCCAAUCAGACUCCACCGCCCCCCGCACGCCUUCCACCCCUAAAACACCCAAGACCAAAUUCGGCAAGGUGCUCUCGCGCAACGCCAAGAGGCUGUCUGUGAUGAGCUUGGGCCUGGGGUCUUCAGCGUCCAAGAGGAGUGAAAGCACGUCGAGCUCGAUCAGGGGAGAGAGCAGCCAAGAAGGGUAUUUCCCAAACCCCACGCCCUCGCUCAACUCUUUGUCCACCGGGUCACACCUAUCCCAACCAUCCUGGGAGAUCCACACCCCCACCUCCGCCACCCACCCAUACUACGCGGCCUACCCCUCCACCCUCUCUGGGUCGGGGUCGCGGUCGGGGUCGGGGUACUAUACAGCCGAGCCGAAGGAUAUCUUCCCGCCCGAACCUGCAUUCUACAACUUUGCCGAGCGUAGGGGAAGUACAGCGUCGGAUGUGGGGUAUAGCUCUGGUUACGGCUCGGGAUAUGGAGGCGAGCGAGUCAGGAGAGCGUCGGGUGUUGGGCAAGGGCCAGCAGUGCCCAGGGGGAAGAGAAAGCCGGUACCGAAGGUGGCGUUGGAGGAUGAGAUGGGAGGUAUGACCAUCGGGGAGGCUGUUUAG